CAUAAGAAUACUGCACCUGAAAUAGAUCAAACAAUGAGUAACAAGAGAACUGAUAAAGAUAAAAUUAGCAAUGCAAAUAAUGCAGCUGUAAUGCAAGUAUCUGUGCGCCUGAAUGAGCAUGAACAAGAGAUCCUACAGAUCCUCAAUUUCUUUAAAGACAUCAGUGUAGAAAAAGACUUCCGAAGGGAAAAUAUAAUUAUAACGGGCACUGAAAAAAAUAUUAAAGAAGCAAAAAAGAAAAUUUCAGAAAAAAUACUAAAAUUUGAGAAGACAGUGCUAAAUGUGACACAUAUACACAUUACAUCUUUAGAUCUUCUGAA